UCUGCAAUUACAACUGCGUGCAAGAGACGAGUACUUCAGAGGGUCAAAGUACACAAUGGCGGAAUCUUCUGACGAUCAAAUUCCUUUUAACUGUCCGAUCUGUCUUCAUCUUCUGAACAACCCAGUAACUACAACUUGUGGGCACUGUUUCUGUAUGAACUGUCUUAAUGAAUUCUGGGAUCGGGACGAUCAGAAGGGCAAUUACAGCUGUCCCCAGUGCAGGCAGACGUUCAGCCCGAGACCAGCUCUCAGCAGAAACACUGUGCUGGCUGAAGCUGUAGAGAGAAUGAAGAGAGAAGCAUCAGAAGCAGGAACAGCCUCUCCUGUCCUGAGUUUUGCUGUGUCUGGAGAAGUGGAGUGUGACAUCUGCACAGAGACCAAACUAAAAGCCAUCAAGUCUUGUCUGGCAUGUUUGGCUUCUUACUGUGAAACUCACAUUCAAACUCAUUAUACAUCAUCUGCAUUAAGGAGGCACAAACUGGUCAAUGCCUCACCACAUCUACUGGACCAGAUCUGCUCCCAACAUGAUAAGCUACUGGAGCUGUACUGUUGCCAAGAUAAGCAGCUGAUAUGUAUACAGUGUGCUUUGAUCAACCACCAGAACCAUAGCAUGACUUCACCUGCAGCAGAAAGACAAAAAAUACAGGAACAGUUGAAGUCAAAUCAGGAUGAUCUACAAAAAGAUAUGCUUCAGCGAGAGAUCAAGGUGAAGGAGCUAAGACAAGCCAUAGACUCUUAUAAGCUCUCUGCAGAGACUUCAGUGGUGCACAGUGAGCAGAUGUUUGCUGAGCUGGUCAGCUCCAGUGAGAAACGUCAAGCUGAUAUAACGAAGAUGAUCAGAGCUCAGGAGAAAGCAGAAGUGACCAGAGUUGAGGAGCUCAUACUUACACUGGAGCAGGAGAUCAGUGACCUGAGAAAGAGAUAUAACGAACUGGGGCAGCUUUCGCUGAUAAAAGAUAGCAUCAGUUUCAUUCAGAAAUUCUCAUCUCUUUCCCGCUACCAAUGUUCAAACUUGUGCACCAUUUCCAUCAGCCAACAUCACACAUUUGAAGAAAUAGAAAAAGUUGUCUGUGAGCUGAAAAGUCAACUAGAUGAUCUAUGUGAACAAGACAUAUUGUGGAUAUCAGAGAAAGUUCCCGCUGUCCAUAUAAUGGAAAACAAUGAAAAAGUCCCAAAGUAUCUGCCAUCCCACCCCAAGACCAGAGAAGAGUUUCUUAUAUAUUCCUGUGAUCUGAAUCUGAAUCGCUCGUCAGCUUGCAGUCAACUCUCUGUAAAAGACAAGUCUGUUUCAAGAAUUAAUUCUGGACAACACAGUACCUUGGUGGCUUCACCUUUGCAUUUUGGCCAACCAUAUGUAAGUACAUCCCAGGUAUAUACAUACCAGGUGUUGUGUAAAGAGAGUCUAUCUGGACGCUGUUAUUUUGAAGUUCAGUGGAAAGGGACAGGUUGCUCUAUUGCAUUCUCAUAUGACCAGAUUAGUCAAGGAGGAGGAACUUUUAUCUUUGGCUCUAACAACAAAUCCUGGAAAUGUGACUUUCCAACAGCUAAUCUUAAUGUGCAGCAUGAAAACCAACAGACUAACAUUUGCCUAGUCUCUAAAAUUGGAGUUUUUCUUGAUCAAGAAGCAGGAACAGUGUCCUUUUACAAUGUCUCUGACAAAAUGACCCUCCUGCACAGAAUCCAGACCACAUUCACUGUGCCCCUCUACCCUGGAUUUUCAUUGAAGAAUUGGGUGAAUUACUCCUCAGUGACAAUUUGUGAUCUGUCAUCUCCAAAGCAAAAUGAUUAAUCUAAUCAGAAUUAAAAGUGAUAGCUAGUGAAUUAACACUAAAUACUGUUUUCAUUAUGAGACAUGGCAAAAGCAAACAUUUGAAAUACACAAUAUUCCUACACUGCAACAGUGAACAGUUACAACAUCAGUGUAUAUACAGUAUAUUACAAUGUACCAUACGAAUUACGUAGACAGGCAGCAUGCAGUCCAUUUGAGUGCCAUGUUAAAUCAUGCCAUAUUGUUAAAGCAUAAUCCUUAAUUGUGUUUAUAGUAUUGAUCUUAACAAAAUGCUAAAUUAAGUUGUCAGACUUUUAGAUUGUUGGAGGUGGGUUUUGGUCAUAUAUUUCAGUUACUGGGCUGUUGAAAUAAAAAAAGAGUUUUUUUUUUAUAUAUAUAAUUUCUUUUCUUUGUGGAACAAAAUGCAAAAUUAAGCUAUUAAUUAAGUUGUCAGACUUUUAGAUUGUUGGAGGGUAGAUUGUUCAUCGAGGGUUAUGCUGAAUGAUGUUUUUGUUUCACUGACCUAUUCCUAUUAAAAAUUGUGGACUCAGGUUAAUGUACAACAAAUUAAUUUUUUUCUACAAACUUUUUUUUCUGAAAAAUUUAUCUGUAUACUUGCAGCACAAC